AUGCCAAGCAUAUUUUCCUACCUGAGCGCGGAAGUCGACUGGUGCGAAGGCAACUUUGAGCACUCAACGAUCAUCGCGGAGUACUAUAACACUAUCAGCAAUGUAAGCUUCUUUAUCCUUUCUCCUGCCCUGCUCUACCUGAAUCGGCAGUACUGCCAGCAGCGUGCCUUGCCCCUGUAUUUCGUCUCUGCACUGCUCUUCUGUGUAGGUAUCUUCUCAAUGUACUUUCACAUGACUCUGAGCUACGUGGGACAGCUCCUGGAUGAACUCUCUAUCCUCUGGACACUGGCUGUGGCAUAUUCCUUUUGGUACCCAAAGGUUUACUUCCCCAGGUGCAUCAAAAGCAGAAAGCAUUUCUUCUGGUUGAGUGGUGUCACCACCGUGGUCAGUACCUUCUUGUCCUUCAUCAAACCAGCCUUCAAUGCCUACGUGCUCAACUGCAUCGCCUUCCAUCUGCUUUAUCUGACAUGGCAAGAGCUGAAAAAAUGUAACAACAAGCGGGUUCACCGGAUGGCUGCAGCCAUGGUUGUGUCAUGGGCACUGGCCAUCGCCAGCUGGAUAGGUGACAAGUGGUUCUGUGGCUUCUGGCAGAUGAUCAACUUCCCCUACCUCCACAGCUUCUGGCAUGUGCUGAUAGCCAUAUCUCUUCUCUACUGCUGCCCUCUGGUCAUCUACUUUGACGUCAUCUAUGAGCUGCCAUUGUUUAAGCCGAAGCUGGAAUAUUGGCCCAGUGACUCCUGGCCUGUUGUAGUGCCUUAUGUUGCCCUGGAGCAAUCCCACAAACAGUGCUAG